AUGAAAGAAGAUGGCGUGUCAGUUUGUUCGGAAUUAUGGAUUGAGAGUUUCAGAAACCCUAAUCAAACAAUCACUAAUCUGACUAACUACUUAAGGAGAUUUGAGCUAUGGGUUCUAGCCUAUCAAAAAGUUUGUGCUGACGAAAUGGGUGCUUACAUGCCUAGAAGUUCAGUACAAAGAUCAGCACUCGAAGAUCUUCUAGCACUUAGAAAUGCUGUUCUUGAUAACAGAUUCAGAUGGGGUGCUAGGUUAGAGUUUUUCAUCAAAUCCCCGAAAGAUAAAACCGAAUACGAAUCAUUAUCCAAACGAAAAAUUAGGGCUAUUUUAACUACUACACAACCAAGCCCAUUUCAAGAUAGGAUCGUUCAAGAGGUCUUGUUCAUGAUCUUGGAGCCUGUUUUUGAAGCUCGAUUUUCAGAAAAAUCUUACGCAUUUAGACCUGGAAGAACUGCACAUACUGCAUUGAGGGUUAUUAGGAGGAGUUUUGCAGGGUAUUUAUGGUAUAUCAAGGGCGAUUUGAGUACAAUUUUAGAUGGGUUAAAAGUUGGGAUGGUGAUAAGUGCUUUAAUGAGAGAUGUCAGAGAUAAAAUGGUGAUUGAUUUGAUAAAAUCCGCCAUGACUACACCAGUAAUCACAAGCCCACCUGUAGAAAAGAAGAAAACAAAAAGAAAGUAUCAAAAAAAGAAAGUCUUAGCAGAAGACGAACCCAAACCCGACCCAUAUUGGUUAGAAUCUUUUUUCGGGUUUGCCCCUGAAGAAGCUGAAAAGGUUCCAACUUGGGGGCAUUGUGGUAUUUUAAGUCCACUUUUAGCUAACAUUUGUUUAGACGAAUUAGAUCGUUGGAUGGAGGGAAAAAUUCAAGAAUUUUAUCGCCCUUCAAAAAGUGAUGUCAUAUGGAAUAGCCCUGAAGGUGAAGUUGACCAAGGUAACACAUCAUGGCCCGAAUUUGUCCCCACCAGUGGGCCCGAUAAGACCCGAAAAAUCGAUUACAUUCGUUUUGGAGGCCAUUUCUUGAUUGGAGUUAGGGGCCCACGAGCCGAUGCAGCCAUUUUAAGAAAACAAUUAAUCGAAUUCUGUGAUCAGAAAUACAUGUUAAAGCUCGAUAACGAAAGUCUCCCAAUUGAACAUAUAACAAAAGGGAUAAUGUUUCUUGAUCAUGUUUUAUGUAGAAGAGUUGUAUACCCCACUUUAAGGUACACUGCAACAGGUGGAAAAAUCAUAAGUGAAAAGGGAGUUGGGACUUUGUUAUCAGUCACAGCAAGUUUAAAACAAUGUAUUAAACAGUUCAGAAAAUUAGGGUUUCUAAAAGGGGACAGAGAUCCGGACCCACAACCAUGUUUUAGAAUGUUUCAUGCUACACAAGCGCAUACAAAUGCACAAAUGAAUAAACUUUUGUCUACAAUGGUGGAAUGGUAUAGAUUUGCUGAUAAUCGAAAAAAGAUUGUGAAUUUUUGUUCUUAUAUAAUUCGAGGGUCUCUUGCGAAACUUUAUGCAGCAAAAUAUAAACUUCGUUCACGUGCAAAAGUUUAUAAAAUUGGUGAUAGGACACUUAGGCGUCCAUUAAAGGAGAAAAAAGGGCAAUCCCCGGAAUAUAAUAAUUUAUUAAGAAUGGGGCUUGCUGAAAGUAUUGAAGGGUUGCAGUAUACGCGAAUGUCUUUGGUGCCUGAAACUGAUUAUAGUCCUUUUCCUGUUGGAUGGAAGCCUGAUCAUGAAAAGAAGAAGAUGAGGGAGAAGAUGAAGAGAGUGAAGAACAGUUGCAUGUUAGGAAUAUGUGAGAGAGAGGUAUGUGAUUUACGUGGAGAAAAAGAUUGCUAUAAGGGGAAAGAAGUGGGGACUAAUGUAUUCAUUCUUCAUGAGUUGAAGAUGAUGAUGUUAAACUUAAACCAUCGUGGGGCAUGUUGGUUUUAUUGCAAUGGUUUUGUGGGGCCCGUGUAUUGUUGACUUUAGAAAGUCAAAAAGGCUGAGAGGGCCCAGACACUGAUGAUGCAAAUGAGCCUAUGCUUGAAGUGGGAGGUGGUUUUGGUCUGGAAGUGAUCAUGAAUCAUCAGCAUGGGGAUUAUAUAACAGUUUUUAGAAUGUUUUGAAGAUUGGGUAAACAAAGCUUUCGGCAUCUGUAUCAGGAAAAUUAAUUAAAUUGUUUAUAUUAGUUUUGAUUUCUAAACCCUAGAAAGGCUAGAAGUCAAUUAUUUGGUCCCUAACUUUAGAUAGAAAAAAAAAAAAAAAAACUCGGACAGUCUCUAUCAUAUAUUUUUAUUACGUCUUUGGUCAUCGGAUAGUCCA